CUUCACCGUUUACUUCAGAAAAAUAAAAAUAAGCACAAUGAAGUACUGGAUGCAUCAACUACUAGUAAUACUAGUAGUUUGCGCCAUCGGGCAAUCCCCGCAGGCUCAGUCGGUGGUUGUGGGAGGUGGACGAGCAAUUUCCAAAGCGGAUCUCGCGAAGGCAGAACAUGUAAACAGAGUGAACAGUAUCCUUGCCGCAUUCGGAGGUUGCACUGCGAAAAAUCUAACGCUUAUAAGCGGUACCGUGAAGGUAGUUGAAGGACUUAGCCUUACCUAUUCCGUGGCCUUCGUGGUGAAUGGAACUUCUCGAGGGUGUGAAUUAUCGGCAUGGGAGCGACCAUGGCUGGAGAAAAGUGAUCCGGCAAAUGCGCAUAUCUAUACCACUAAAUGCAACUGAUCGGUGGAAUUGAUUGCUUCUGCCGUUUUCCGCUUAACUGCUGUUGUAAUGGAAAAACCUUGCUUAAUAAAUCAUUGAUAUUUAU